GCGGCCCAGCCCGGGAGUCCGCCGAGAGCGAGUCGGCCGGCCGUGCGGCACGGCACGGGCAGCGCCGGGCCGGGACCCCGCGGGCACACUGCAGCCGCUCGGAGCCCGGGCAGGGCCGCGCCGCCACCGUCUCGACUAGGAUGUCCCGACAUGAAGGUGUCAGCUGUGAUGCAUGUUUAAAAGGAAAUUUUCGAGGUCGCAGAUAUAAGUGUUUAAUUUGCUACGAUUACGAUCUUUGUGCAUCUUGUUAUGAAAGUGGUGCAACAACAACAAGGCAUACAACUGACCACCCAAUGCAGUGCAUAUUAACAAGGGUAGAUUUUGAUUUGUACUAUGGUGGGGAAGCUUUCUCUGUAGAGCAGCCACAGUCUUUUACUUGUCCCUAUUGUGGAAAAAUGGGCUAUACGGAGACAUCUCUUCAAGAACAUGUCACUUCUGAACAUGCAGAAACAUCCACAGAAGUGAUCUGCCCAAUCUGUGCAGCAUUGCCUGGCGGCGAUCCCAAUCAUGUCACGGAUGACUUUGCAGCUCAUCUGACACUUGAACACAGAGCCCCUAGAGAUUUAGAUGAAUCGAGUGGUGUUCGCCAUGUCCGUAGAAUGUUUCACCCUGGUCGGGGACUAGGAGGUCCUCGUGCCCGGAGAUCAAACAUGCACUUUACUAGCAGUUCUACUGGCGGACUUUCCUCUUCUCAGAGUUCAUAUUCUCCAAGCAAUAGGGAAGCCAUGGAUCCUAUAGCUGAGCUUUUGUCUCAGUUGUCAGGAGUGAGACGAUCCGCAGGAGGACAGCUUAAUUCUUCUGGCCCUUCUGCAUCUCAGCUACAACAACUGCAGAUGCAGCUGCAGCUGGAACGGCAGCACGCCCAGGCAGCCCGGCAACAACUGGAGACCGCACGCAACGCAACUCGGCGUACUAACACAAGCAGUGUCACCACUACAAUCACACAAUCCACAGCAACCACCAACACAGCUAACACAGAGAGCAGUCAGCAAACUACCCAGAAUUCCCAGUUUCUUUUAACAAGGUUGAAUGACCCCAAAAUGUCGGAGUCGGAGCGCCAGUCCCUGGAAAGUGAGCGUGCAGACCGCAGCCUGUUUGUGCAAGAGCUUCUUCUGUCCACGUUAGUGCGUGAGGAGAGCUCGUCCUCCGACGAGGAUGAACGGGGGGAGAUGGCAGAUUUCGGUGCUAUGGGCUGUGUAGAUAUUAUGCCUUUAGAUGUUGCUUUAGAAAACCUGAAUCUGAAAGAGAGUAAUAAAGGAAAUGAGCCUCCGCCACCUCCUCUUUGAUGACAUCCCACGCACGCAGUGUCCUCUGUGCUGUAUUUGCCAAUGAAAGUGGACAACAACUAUCUUGGGUUUGUUUGGUGAUUGUAAUUUCAGGUCUGUCACUCUUGUUACAUUGUGUACAUUCAAAAGGAAGAGAGAAAAUAUAUAUGAUAAUCAUUUCCACUUCACUAAUUUUUACUUCUAGCAGGUAAAUGUAGGUCGCGGCGCAGGGGCGCACUCUGCUGCUCCCUGUCCCCCGACAUGCAAAAAGGCUCUCCUAAUACUCCACAUUCAAACUGAAGAGGAAAAUUGAAAUCUCUAAUGAAGCUGCUGUGUGUAUUUAUGAAUAUUAAUGAAUAAAAACUGCUUGGAUGGUUUACCUUAACUACUGCAUGAGGUUUUUUGCAGCGUGCAUGAGUUUUAGUGACCUUGUUAUUUAAAACAAAAAAUUAAAUACAAGGUGUAAAACUUAAAACAAAAAAAAAAACAAAAGCCCAAAGCUUUCCCAAACAUUAUUCAAUGGUUACGUGAGAAGCAAGUUACCUGACAAACGAGCUUUUGAAUAAUGUCUGCCUGAAUCUCCUUUCUUUGUGUGCCUCCUAAGCACAAGGCCAGCCUGCAGCGGCCCGGCAGGCCACCGGCCCCCUCGGUGGCUGCCCCGUCGCCCUGUCAGUCAUCGACCCCGUGGGAGCUCAGCGUGUCCGCUCGCCUGCGAAGACCCUGGAGAGCCGCUGUCGGAAUCUGCUGCAGGGCCUUUGUGUGCCCUCAAAACAAAUCCUGUUCAUCCUUGUUUGCAGUUUUGACUUUCUGUGGUUGUUGGAAAUUUUUUUUUUCAAUUGUUAAAUGUUUUAUUCGGGUGUAGAUGAAUUUCAUUUAUCCACUGUUCAACAAAGUUAACCUGAAUUAUGUUGUCUUUGUUUAAAAAAAAAAAUCUCACAUUCUCAAUCAUAUUUCGCGUUAUUUAUGUAUUUGCUUCAUAGUUUGCAGAGACAGAUCGUUAUUGGGGGAGCUUUGAGGAUUUGCCUUCCCCGAUCUUGCCAGUAUAGUACAACCAAAUUCUUAAUGCUAACUUUAGCACCUUUUUAUUUAUUGGGUUUUUUUUCCUGGCAUAAGAAGUAAAGCCUUUUAAUUGAAUCAUGCCACCUAUAUGCCUAUAUUAUUAAUCCUAUGUGUGUAAAAAAAAAAAUGUAUAGCUUUUUGGGGCUUGUUUGGGGUGUGGAGGAGCCGGGAUAUUUUUUUCUUUUCAGUCUCGGUUUCUGUCAUAGACUUUCACAGUAGCUCCAAGGCAGGGACAGUGGGUACAGGGGGGGUGGGGGGCAGUUUUUGGAAUGUAAUUUAGGACUUUCAAAAAAAAAGGUGCGCACAGCUUCUGAUAACUUUAUAACUAGACUUACCUAAUCAUGUCUCUUCCCGUUCUCUUUCCUCUGAGCCCUUUUCUCCGUCUCUCUCCUGUCAUCCUUUUCCUUCCCGUCUGCUUCUCCGUCUCUUCACCAUGACAAGCAUACAGACUUGAACACUCUUCGGUGUUCUUCCGAGAACUGUGAAUCCAUGUUCAUCCAGAUGUAACCAAAAAUGUCACCCACAUGUCUCCAAAACUGUUGCUUCUCUGAAACUUCAAAACUCCCAACAGUUUUCAAAUACAAUAGCUUUGUUUCCUUUAGUUUCUGUGAUGGAAAAUGUUUUCAAAGACAAUUUUACACCCGGCUUCUGGUUAUACUAGAAGUUAAGUUCAGUGGGGACUUUUUUUUUCUUCCCUAAUUUGUUGGUGAGAAGUUUCAAAAACCAGUUUUCAAGUUGUGGUCUUUUCAAACACGUCUUCAGCACAUAAGUGACACAUUUCAAUAAAGCAUUUUCAAGACUGUU